AUGCUGCAGCAAAUUCUGCGGGAUAUGUACAUUGAUCCGGAGUUACUGGCCGAACUGAAUGAAGAACAGAAACAAAUCCUCUUCUACAAGAUGAGGGAAGAGCAGGUCAGGAGGUGGAAGCAGAGAGAGGAGAAAAGUCAAGAAGAAGAAACUGUGCUGAAGAGAACUGCAAAACUCAAGCAGGAUAAUGGGAAACGAGUUCAGUGGCUCCGUGGGGCCGAUGGAGAGGUCUGGGUUUGGAUUAUGGGAGACGCUCCUGGAGACAAGCCAUACGAGCAGAUUUCGGAGGAACUCAUGGCGGAAAAAGCCAGGCAACAAGCCCAGAGAGAAGCAGAGGAAUUAUGGAAGGAACAAGAAGCUGAAAUUACAAAGAAGUUCCGGGAUGCCAUGGCUAAGGAGAAAGCGCGAAUAGUGGCAGAGAAAUGGAAAACAGAGACAGAUGAUCGCAAAGCAGCCAAAUUGAUGGAGGAGAAAAUUCAGGAGGAACUGAAGAGACGAGAAGAGGAAGAGAGGCAAAGAGGUGAAGAGCAGAUACGGCUCCAGGAGGAACGCCGAGCUCAGGAGCUGUACAUCAGUCUCAAGCAAGCACAGCAAUAUGUUGCACACAAUGAAAAGGAGGACCACGAAUGGGAAGAACAGCUACGUCGCUCCAAAGCUGCUGAUGAGGAAAGGAGCCAUAAAGCACGCCGGGCUCGGGACGAGUAUCGGCGCCAAUCCUUGCGGGCCAUCCAGAAAGGCAAAGUGGCCGACCUAAGCAACUUAUUCCAGGCAGCUGGUCUGAAUAUCGAGCAAGAAGAAAAGCUGACCCCCAUCUGUCCCGUGCCACCGUUUACCAUGAGGGUACCAACCAGCAAAGCAAGGGGACGGCCUUCAAGACCUUUCUCCAGAGAAGUCAUAAUUCAGUGGUUUAAAGAAGAGCAGCUUCCACGACGUGCUGGAUUUGAAAGGAACUCUGACACUGUCGCGCCUUGGUUUCAUGGCAUUAUCACCCGCCAAGAGGCAGAAGAGCUGCUGAUGAACAGGCCUGAAGGAGCCUUCCUUGUGCGGGUCAGUGAGAAAAUCUGGGGCUACGCCCUGUCCUAUCGCCACCAGAAUGGCUUCAAGCAUUUCCUGGUGGAUGCUUCUGGAGAUUUCUACAGCUUCUUAGGAGUGGAUCCCAACCGACAUGCCACACUCACAGACCUUAUUGAUUUCCACAAGGAAGAAGUCAUCACAUCUUCUGGUGGAGAACUGCUUCUGGAGCCUUGCAGACAGACAAAGAGCCCACCUGACUACAGUCCCCUCUUUGAGUGA